AUGCGGCUGUUGGAGUGGUUAGUUUGGUCGUGGUUCGGGUUGCAAGCCACUGUGUUGGCUCAGAACCUGUACGAUUCGGAUCCGCACAUCAUAGAACUGACGCCCAAGAGCUUCGACAAGGUGGUUCAUGGGACGAAUUACACGACGCUGGUGGAGUUUUAUGCCCCAUGGUGUGGCUACUGCCAGCAAUUGAAGGGUAUCAUGAAGAAGGCCGGCAAGGUGCUGGACGGCGUAGCACAGGUUGCGUCGGUGAACUGUGACGUGGCGAAGAAUAAGAAACUGUGCGGCCAGUACAAGGUGCAGGGUUUCCCCACGCUCAUGGUGUUCAGGCCGCCCAAAGUGGACGUCAGCAAGCCCGUUUCCGAGAGGCUGCAGCUGCGGAACCACGCUAGCGAGGUGUACCAGGGUGUCAGAAAACUAAGCCCGAUGGUCGACUUUGUUCUCUCCAGGAUCAAAAACUACGUCAGGAGAAUAAAUGGAACCGGUAAACUGUGCUCUAUCUUGGAGGGACAGGGCAGAAAAUCGCUGGUUUUAUUCUCCAAGCGAGACAAGGUCUCGCCCAUCUACAGGGCUGUUGCUCUCGAUUGGCUGGGCGUCUUUGACUGCUUUACCAUACCCAACUCGAAGCUCAGUGGUCUGGCCGAGGACAACCAGCUCGCGACGACAAACCCACAGAUAUCGCAGUUCUUACAGGAGACGAUCCCCCUCCAGAUGACGAGCGAGGAGAGCAUGCUGGUUGCGUUCGAUACCGCGAACGACCAGUACCAAGUCAUCCAGUGCGACUCGUUCACGAAACCGCAGAUCUCCAGAGCGCUUUCCGCGGCUUUCAACGUCACCCCGAUGGAAGGCCCGCUGAGCAAGAGGGAACAGUACUUGCAUGCCUUGAGGACGGGCAGUAAAAAAUCGCAACCGGCAAAGAAAAUCCACGAUGAGCUAUAG